UAUGGAUUAAUAAUAGGGAAUUCCUGCUGAAUAAAUCAACUCAUUGGUAAAUAAGCAUUUUGAUGAUGCUUUGCCAAAAUUCAUAGAGAUACUCAAGAUUCCUAGUCAAUCAAGGUUGUUUGACCCAGAAUACUUGACAAAUGGAUUGUUGUAAAAAACAGCAGAAGAAUUCAGAGAUUAUGUUUUAGCAGCAAAUUUAAAGAGUUUUAACUAUAUAUUAAUAGUAAUUAGAUGCCAAAGUAGAGCUUUUGUAAGACGAGGGAUAUUCUCCAUUCUUAUUUGUUGAAGUGGAUGGAUCCGAUGGUUAAACUGAUGGUACAGUCUUAUUUUACGGUCAUAUGGAUAAAUAGCCACCAUUCAAUGGUUGGAAGGAGGGAUUGAGUGCCUAUGAACCAAAAAUAGUUGAUGAUAAAUUAUAUGCAAGAGGAGGAGCAGAUGAUCAUUAUUCAAUCCUUGGAGCAGUAAUAGCAGUGAGAACAAUUUAGGAAUUGGGUUUGAAACAUCCAAGAAUUGUUAUGACAUUUGAAGCAGAUGAAGAAAGUGGAUCUCUACACAUUGAUCAUUACUUGGCAAAAUUAAAAGAAAAAAUAGGAGCUGUUGAUUUGGUUGUAUGUUUGGAUUCUGGAUGUGGUAACUAUGAAUAAUUAUGGAUUACAACUACUUUGAGAGGUAUGGUGGGUGCAUGUGUCACAGUUAAAGUCCUAGAUGAAGGAGUGCAUUCAGGUGAUGCAUCAGGUGUCGUACCAUCAUCAUUCAGAAUCUAAAGACUCCUUUUAGAUAGAAUUGAUAACCCUAAUACUGGAGAAGUCAUUGAAGACUUUCAAGUCAAUAUUCCAGGAGAAAGAUAUUUGCAAGCUUAAAAGGCAGCUGAAGUUUUAGGUAAGACCAUCUUAACCAAAUUCCCAUUUCAUGGCACUACUUAACCAACCACUUAGGAUUAUUUCAAAGCAUACUUAAAUAGAAUCUGGAAAGCAUAACUCUCAGUUGUAGGAGCUGAAGGAUUGCCUCUAGCCAAAACGGCAGGAAAUGUACUCAGACCUGAAACUACUUUGAAGUAUUCUUUAAGAUUACCACCAACCAAGGAUCCAAAAGAAGCAGAAGCUGCAUUCGUCAAAAUUGUAAUUCUACUUUCUUACUAUUUCAUAGUUAACUACGAAUGUUCCAUAUAAUGCCACUGUCAAAAUCACUGGAUUAGGAUCUGGCUCGGGUUUUAAUGCCCCUUAAAAUUAACCAUAUCUGGAUUAACUCAUCUAAAGUGCUUCCUAAAAGUUCUACAAGAAGGAUGCAUAAACCUUAGGUGAAGGAGGUUCGAUUCCCCUUAUGAAUACACUUAAAGAAUAAUAUCCAAAGGCUUAAUUUAUAGUAACUGGAGUUUUGGGACCUAAUUCCAAUGCACAUGGACCAAAUGAAUUCUUACACAUCCCUUUCACAAAAUCCUUGAUUAGUUGCAUAACAUAUAUUGUAACUGGGCUUCAAAUCCAUUUAAAGAAAUGAGCAUUUAUUUAAAUCAUAUAAUAUUUAGAUGCGUA